GAUGGACAUAUGAUGAACAUGGAGAUGAAGGCGGAAGGAGAGAGGCAGCAGAGAAAAGUGAGGUUUAGGAUAGCGUCAUCUUAUAGUGGACGAGUGCUGAAAGAAGUCUACACUGAUGGAGACUCAUUGGAUUCUGAAUGUGCCAGCAGCUCAGAGACUGAACAAAACAGCAUACCAAGUGAAACAGAUGGUCAUCAUAACGGCUUCUUAGGGUCGGAGUAUGAUGAAAGCGAAAAUGAACCGGACGACUUGCUUGUUUUAGCGAGAGCCACUAAAGACAGAGGAUUUGGUACAAAGCGAGUGAAUAUUCUCAGUAAGAAUGGCACAGUGCGAGGAGUCAAGCACAAAGUCAGUGCAGGCCAAGCUUUGUUUGACAAUUUGGCAAAGGUUUUCCAGUCCACUACCAACUUAGAAUAUGGGCGCAUUGUCAUUUAUACCACAAGUCUGCGUGUGGUUCGAAAUACUUUUGAAAGGUGCGAAAUGGUUCGAAAAAUCUUCCAGAAUCGCAGAGUAAAAUUUGAAGAAAAGAAUAUUGCCCUCAAUAGUGAAUAUGGGAAAGAGCUUGAUGAAAGAUGUCGCCGGGUGUCUGAAAUGCCAUCUCUACCUGUUGUAUUCAUUGAUGGUCAUUACUUAGGGGGUGCUGAAAAAAUACUAUCAAUGAAUGAAUCAGGAGAACUUCAGGACCUGCUCAUAAAAAUUGAGAGAGUGCAGCACCCUCACGCAUGUGCCUCUUGUGGGGGGUUUGGCUUCCUUCCUUGUCUCGUGUGCCAUGGAAGCAAGAUGUCAGUGUUCCGAAACUGCUUCACGGAUUCUUUCAAGGCUUUAAAGUGCACAGCGUGCAACGAGAACGGGCUACAACGCUGUAAAAGCUGCACUAUUUAA